GCCGCUUCAGCUCCAGCCCGGGAUCUGAAGCACACGCACACAGCGCAGUCAUGGCGGACAACAUCAAAACAGGAGUCUUCGCUAAAAAUGUCCAGAAGCGGCUGAACAGGGCCCAAGAAAAGGUGCUGCAGAAGCUUGGCAAAGCAGAUGAAACAAUAGAUGAGCAGUUUGAAGGAUUUGUACAAAACUUCAAGAAGCAGGAGGCCGAAGGUAGCCGAUUACAGAGGGAACUACGAGGGUACUUAACUGCAGUGAAAGGGAUGCAAGAGGCUUCAACAAAGCUCACAGAGUCACUACAUGAAGUGUACGAGCCUGAGUGGUAUGGCAGGGAUGGCAUUAAAACUGUCGGCCAGAACUCUGACUUGCUAUGGGCGGACUUUCACCAGAAGGUGGUUGACCAGUCUUUGUUGACGCUGGACACAUACCUGGGACAGUUUCCUGAUAUCAAGACUCGAAUUGCAAAGCGCAGCAGAAAGCUGGUUGACUACGACUGUGCCCGACAUCACCUAGAGUCCUUGCAGCACUCAAGACGAAGGGAUGACAGUAAACUCGUCAAGGCAGAAGAGGAGUUUCAAAAGGCACAGAAAGUCUUUGAAGAAUUAAAUAUUGACCUACAGGACGAAUUGCCAUCAUUGUGGUCAAGCCGAGUUGGUUUCUAUGUCAACACCUUCAGAAACAUUACGUGCAUAGAGUCGAAGUUCCACAAGGAGAUUGCAGUGCUCUGUCAUAAAUUGUAUGAAAUAAUGAGUAAGCUUGGAGAGCAGCAUGCCGACAAAGCAUUUACUAUCCAAGGCGCACCCAGUGACUCAGGACCUCUACGAAUUUCUAAGACUCCAACGCCACCAGAAGAGCCAUCUCCGCCAAGCAGUCCUAUGACCAGCCCGAACCACACUUUGGCUCCUUUGGCAGUUUCACCAGCCCACACUCCGACUCGACCCAAGUCGCCAUCUCUGUUACGUAAAGGCCCUCCUGUCCCACCACCACCAAAACUCACCCCAACAAAGGAGCUGCAGCCAGAAAACAUCAUCAACUUCUUCGAGGACAACUUUGUUCCUGAGAUCAACGUCACCAGCUCAUCGCAGGCUCUGAUGUGCUGUGGAUCCUUCUUUGCUGGGCAAGAAUUAUCUCAACAGCCGGAGCAACCUGCCACGCACCCAGGGGAGUCGCUGCUUGACCUGGACUUUGAUCCUUUCAAACCAGACCAGACCAGUACCGUAACUCAAAGUCAGUCGCCGCAUGCUCAGACUCUUCCUUGGGAUCUGUGGGAGGCCAACACAGAACUGGUUCAGCCUCCCGACUCGUCAAAAAGUCUCUUCUCUGACUAUAUGCCGGCGGGAGAUGACAGCACAGAUACUGGUGCACCGAGUGACGUUAACGCAGCCGUUACUGGAGUAGCUGCAAGCCAGCACUGCGUGCCACUGCGCAGCUUAACGGAGGCUGGCCUGCUUGUAAGCAACGAGGAAGGCACUCUCGAUGCUUGGCAUCAUGAAGCUCAGCCAUGUGUUCUGGAGCAAGAGACUGCAGGAAGCUGUGCUGACCACUCAGAUAAGAGCCUUGCGGACCCUGUGUAUCAGGCUGGGGAAGAGGAGCAGGGUUCAGUCAUUGCAGAGAAUUGGCAGGAGAACCCAUUAGACCAACAGAAGCCCAGUGCUGCAUUCAAUGGAUUCACACAGCUGGAUGCUGGAACCACAGGGGGAAACACAGAGUUGCCCAACCAAAGUGUGUUCGAUACAAUGCUGGAUGCUGGAACCACAGGGGGAAACACAGAGUUGCCCAACCAAAGUGUGUUCGAUACAAUGCUGGAUGCUGGAACCACAGGGGGAAACACAGAGUUGCCCAACCAAAGUGUGUUCGAUACAAUGCUGGAUGCUGGAACCACAGGGGGAAACACAGAGUUGCCCAACCAAAGUGUGUUCGAUACAAUGCUGGAUGCUGGAACCACAGGGGGAAACACAGAGUUGCCCAACCAAAGUGUGUUCGAUACAAUGCUGGAUGCUGGAACCACAGGGGGAAACACAGAGUUGCCCAACCAAAGUGUGUUCGAUACAAUGCUGGAUGCUGGAACCACAGGGGGAAACACAGAGUUGCCCAACCAAAGUGUGUUCGAUACAAUGCUGGAUGCUGGAACCACAGGGGGAAACACAGAGUUGCCCGACCAAAGUGUGUUCGAUACAAUGCUGGAUGCUGGAACCACAGGGGGAAACACUGAGUUGUCCAACCAAAGUGUGUUCGAUACAAUGCUGGAUGCUGGAAUCACAGGGGGAAACACAGAGUUGCCCAACCAAAGUGUGUUCGAUACAGUGCUGGAUGCUGGAACCACAGGGGGAAACACAGAGUUGCCCAACCAAAGUGUGUUCGAUACAAUGCUGGAUGCUGGAACCACAGGGGGAAACACAGAGUUGCCCGACCAAAGUGUGAUCGAUACAGUGCUGGAAGCUGGAACCACAGGGGGAAACACAGAGUUGCCCGACCAAAGUGUGUUCGAUACAGUGCUGGAAGCUGGAACCACAGGGGGAAACACAGAGUUGCCCGACCAAAGUGUGUUCGAUACAGUGAUCGAAGCUGAAGUCACUCUUGCUACGGAGCCCGAAGAGCCAGCCACUGGCACUGAAGCAUCCCCGGAUGCUCCUUCUAUUGUGCCCAGUGCAGUCACGGAGGAAGUUGUGGAGAAUAAGGAGCUUGAAGUGCAGGAGGCAGCUGCAGGUGCUGAAAUGGAGAUUGUUGAGGAGAUUAAAGACACUGAGGUGGAGAAGGCAAAAGUAAUUGCUAAAACUGAGAGCACUGAGCAAGUGGAGCCCGAGCAGGACACUGAACAACACAAGGAAAUCCCUGAAGAUGCGGAGACCCCGCAGGUCUCAAUUCCUUUGGUGGUUAUUCAGCCAGCGUCCAACAAUGAAGGCGAAGAUGAUCAGAGCACCACAGUGAAAGAAACUGUGGAUGUGCAAGAGGAGGAGGUGGUGCCAGCCGUGGACGUGAGUUCACCUCCUCCAGCACCCACUGCAAUGGAACAGACAGAGGAAGUGAGCAGAGCUGAUGAUGAGCCAGUUGUCAGUGCAGAGAGUACCAAUGACGCUCAGCAACAGAGUGCAGCCGAGGUUGACUCUGCUAACUCACAGACCAUGCCCCCGAGAUUCAUGUACAAGGUUGAAGCUGUCCAUAAUUUUGAAGCUGCCAAUGAAGAUGAACUUAAUUUACAACGUGGAGACAUUGUAUUAGUGAUUCCAUCUGAGACAAUGGAAGACCAGGAUGCUGGUUGGCUCACAGGUAUAAAGGAGUCAGACUGGAUACAGUAUGGUGCUGCCAACAGUUCCAAAGGGCUGUUCCCCAAGAAUUUCACUCAGCAACUGGAAUAGACUGUGGCCGUUGUCUACCUGUGUGGAAGUUAUCGGAAAAAGCAGGACUCUGCUCCCCAUACAAGGUCUCCCACAAUAUGGUUGCGUCUUUGGAUUUUUCAAAGGCUGAUGCCUGAGAUGAAAAGCUAAUCAGCAAGGUUAAAAGCAUCAAAUGAUCACAAACUACGCAGAGAGGCAGUGUAUAUUAACCGAAGACACAGGAAGCAUGGCACUGACCUCAAUAUAUCUAUUUUGAACAAAGUAUGGAAAUGAAUAUGUAUUUCUUUAUCAAAGUCCAAUACUAUGUUUAAUUGUAUUUUCCUGGAGUUAACAAUAUUCUUGAAUGCAUCCCUUUCCUAUCAGUAUAAUGGUGGUGUAAUCCUCCUGUUCAUAAGUUUACGUUUUGCACUGUGCACCAAGUAAAUCUGUUCAAUGCAUCAUAGUUCAGUAGCCUAUCUAGACAAUCUGUGUGUACUUAUUAAUCUUUGAUAUGAUGACUGCAAAUUGUUUUGUUUGGAGCUGAGGAGCAGCCUUUUCAUUCAUGCAGGAUAAGUGACCCCACUUAGAUGCAUCUCCUCAUCAUGUGUGUCACUGCCUGCUCCCGUCUCCAGUGUCCCUACUGGCUCAGUUUUUGAACAAAUUCUAUUGCUAUAUUGCCAAAUAAAUCUGGGAAGCUGUGUUUGUAAUGUAUUGUGCGUUAAAGAUUAGUGCAUUCAGAAUGAUGUUCAAGGGACAAGACAGCACCACCUCCUGGCCAUACAACACUUUUUUUCCCCACUCUGCUCUGUAUAAAUCAACACAGGAAUUUACUGGACUUAUAACAGGAAACAUUUAAAUGGUGCACCAGUUACUGAAAACCAUGACCUCUAGUUAUCCUUGCAACAAGUUUGAAAUAUUUCAUUCUGACUGAAUGGAAGGUACAAUUUCAAAAUGUCACAAUGAGGCAUUGUAACGUAAGUAUCGUAUUGAUGUAUGGAUCUGUGAUUAUUGCUCACCAUUUCACUGCUCAUGCUGGCAUAAAGACAAACUAAACAA